CCGGCAGCCCCUCAAUAAGCCACAUUGUUGCACGAAACUCCAACGCAGGAGUCCCCGGCUGCCGCUAGCAACGCCGAGUCACCUAGCCGAAAGGAUCCGCGGAAGAGACCAGGACGCGUGUGAGCAGGAGAGGUGCGAUCGCUUUAGUGGAGCCAGAUUCCUCCCAAGUUGAGCCUUAGUGAUCCCGUGGCUGAAGUUAGCGCCUUGAGAGCGGAGCAACCCGACACGUCACCGGGAGUGAUUUCUUGGGCACCUUCUAGCAGUUGUGACUUCCAAAACCUGUUUCUAGAUACUCGAGACCCUUCAGCUGGGCGCACCGUCGCAGUUAGCCCUCUUCGUGGGCCGCCCGGAUUCACUGCUCCCGCUCGGGCCGCCUCGCUCGGGUACGAAGCUGUGCGACCGCGCCGCCUUCCUUCCCCACGCACUCUCCAGCCUUGAUUUCCCAACUCGGCGCCGUCGGGCUUUGGCAGGAUGAUCGCCUCGCAUCUGCUCGCCUACUUCUUCACGGAGCUCAACCAUGACCAAGUGCAGAAGGUUGACCAGUAUCUCUACCAUAUGCGUCUUUCUGAUGAGACCCUUCUGGAGAUCUCUAAGCGGUUCCGCAAGGAGAUGGAAAAAGGGCUUGGAGCCACCACCCACCCCACUGCUUCCGUGAAAAUGCUGCCCACCUUCGUGAGGUCUACUCCAGACGGGACAGAACACGGAGAGUUCCUGGCUCUAGACCUUGGAGGGACUAAUUUCCGCGUCCUUCGGGUGAGAGUAACGGACAAUGGGCUCCAGAAGGUCGAGAUGGAGAACCAGAUCUACGCCAUCCCCGAGGACCUCAUGCGAGGCAGCGGCACCCAGCUGUUCGACCACAUUGCUGAAUGCCUGGCUAACUUCAUGGAUACGUUACAAAUCAAAGAUAAGAAGCUCCCCUUGGGCUUUACCUUUUCGUUCCCCUGCAUCCAGACAAAACUAGAUGAGAGCUUCCUGGUCUCGUGGACUAAGGGGUUCAAGUCCAGCGGUGUGGAAGGCAAAGAUGUGGUUACUCUAAUACGGAAGGCCAUCCAGAGGAGAGGGGACUUUGAUAUUGAUAUCGUGGCUGUGGUGAAUGACACGGUUGGGACCAUGAUGACCUGUGGUUAUGAUGACCAGAACUGCGAGAUUGGUCUCAUUGUGGGCACGGGCAGCAACGCCUGCUACAUGGAGGAGAUGCGCCACAUUGACACAGUGGAAGGUGACGAGGGCCGGAUGUGCAUCAACAUGGAGUGGGGCGCCUUCGGGGACGACGGCGUGCUUGAUGACAUCCGUACCGAGUUUGACCACGAGAUCGACAUGGGCUCCUUGAACCCCGGGAAGCAACUAUUUGAGAAGAUGAUCAGUGGGAUGUACAUGGGGGAACUGGUGAGGCUAAUCCUGGUGAAGAUGGCCAAGGAGGAGCUGCUUUUCAGAGGGAAGCUCAGCCCCGAACUCCUUGCCACAGGCCGCUUUGAGACAAAAGAUGUUUCCGACAUAGAAGGGGAGAAGGAUGGCAUCCGGAAGGCUCGCGAGAUCCUGGUGCGGCUGGGCUUGGACCCGACACAGGAGGACUGCGUGGCCACCCACCGGAUCUGCCAGAUUGUGUCCACGCGCUCAGCCAACCUGUGCGCGGCCACCCUGGCAGCCGUGCUGCGGCGCAUCAAGGAGAACAAGGGCGAGGAGCGGCUGCGGUCCACCAUCGGGGUGGACGGCUCCGUCUACAAGAAGCACCCCCAUUUCGCCAAGCGUCUUCACAAGACUGUGCGGCGCCUGGUGCCCGACUGCGAUGUCCGCUUCCUCCGCUCUGAGGAUGGCAGUGGCAAGGGGGCAGCCAUGGUGACGGCAGUGGCCCACCGGCUGGCCGACCAACACCGAGCCCGCCAGAAGACCCUGGAGCCUCUGAAGCUGAGCCGUGAGCAGUUGCUGGAGGUCAAGAGGAGGAUGAAGGUAGAAAUGGAGCGAGGUCUGAGCAAGGAGACUCACGCCAUUGCCCCCGUCAAGAUGCUGCCCACCUACGUGUGUGCCACCCCUGAUGGCACAGAGAAAGGUGACUUCCUGGCCUUGGACCUUGGGGGCACCAAUUUCCGGGUCCUGCUGGUGCGUGUGCGGAAUGGGAAGCGGCGCGGAGUGGAGAUGCAUAACAAGAUCUACACCAUCCCGCAGGAGGUCAUGCACGGCACAGGGGACGAGCUCUUCGACCACAUUGUCCAGUGCAUCGCCGACUUCCUUGAGUACAUGGGCAUGAAGGGCGUGUCUCUGCCGCUGGGCUUCACCUUCUCCUUCCCGUGCAAACAGAACAGCCUGGACGAGAGCAUCCUCCUCAAGUGGACUAAAGGCUUCAAGGCAUCUGGCUGUGAGGGCGAGGAUGUGGUCACCCUGCUGAAGGAAGCCAUCCACCGGCGAGAGGAGUUCGACCUGGAUGUGGUAGCCGUGGUGAAUGACACAGUCGGGACUAUGAUGACCUGUGGCUAUGAAGACCCUCACUGUGAAGUCGGCCUCAUCAUCGGCACGGGCUGCAACGCCUGCUACAUGGAGGAGAUGAGGAAUGUGGAGCUGGUGGAAGGGGACGAGGGGCGGAUGUGUGUCAACAUGGAGUGGGGGGCCUUUGGGGACAAUGGAUGCCUAGAGGACCUCCGCACGGAAUUUGAUGUGGCUGUGGAUGAGCUGUCCCUCAACUUUGGCAAACAGAGGUGGUCCACUGUAUCUUAGCAAAUGAUCAGUGGCAUGUACUUGGGCGAGAUUGUCCGUAAUAUCCUUAUCGAUUUCACCAAGCGUGGGCUGCUCUUCCGUGGCCGCAUCUCAGAGCGGCUCAAGACCAGAGGAAUCUUUGAAACCAAGUUCCUGUCUCAGAUUGAGAGUGACUGCCUGGCCCUGCUACAAGUUCGUGCCAUCCUGCGCCACUUAGGGCUCGAGAGCACCUGUGACGACAGCAUCAUUGUCAAGGAGGUGUGCACGGUGGUGGCGCGGCGGGCAGCCCAGCUCUGUGGUGCAGGCCUGGCUGCUGUGGUGGACAAAAUACGAGAGAACCGUGGACUGGACACUCUCAAAGUGACGGUGGGCGUGGAUGGGACCCUCUAUAAGCUACAUCCUCACUUUGCCAAAGUCAUGCAUGAGACAGUGAAGGACCUGGCUCCGAAAUGUGACGUGUCUUUCCUGGCUUCAGAGGACGGCAGUGGGAAGGGGGCGGCUCUCAUCACUGCUGUGGCCUGUCGCAUCCGUGAGGCUGGACAGCGAUAGAGUUCCUGAAAUCGAAAGAGACUUCCUUUGGUUCCCCUUCUUCCUUGCUUUAAAUUAUAAGAUACCAUCCCCUGUGUCAGAGACGGAUCCCUCGGCUCUACCUUGGCAGAGAGGACCCUAUUGGACUGUGUUUUGUCUCUGUGUAUCUUCACCGUAGAGUUUGGUGCCCAACCCUUGAUCCUCCAGAGAUAAAUACAAUUUGAAGUAAGGAUUUGUUCAUGCUCAUCACAACCAUUCCCCUUGAUUAUCUUAAAACUUUAAGCGAAUUUUAACCUUUAAUAACCCCCCUGGCCAAAUUCCAUGUUGCUGCGUAAUCCUACAGGAUGGAGACACUAACAAAAAGAUAGGGUUGCUUCACCUUGAACCCUGGCUGCUUCACAGUGGACCCUGAACAUGACAUUUCUAGGUGGAGAGCGUCUGCAGCAUGGAGGUUGAUACUGUUUCUCUUCUCAGACCUGGGAGGUCUCCAUGAACUUCAGCCUGAUUCUCACACAGGCAGCACGUGGGGGAGGAGGAGGGGCGGGAAGGGGGGAAAAUCCAUGUAUAGCCAUGUGGCAGGCCCUCCUCUUCAACCUCAUCUGUAGACAUUGCCCUGGAGGAUUACAGCAGUUGCUGUUCCUGGAAUCAAAGCAUCCUGAGUCUGAGCAAGCAGAACCAAAGCCACGGGUUGACGUGUCUGACAAGUGAGCUUGUUGUCACAUCUCCUUGGGAGUUCAUGAGUCAUCCAUGAGCAAUGGACUUUUAAGGGAGGAUAGGGGGGCUUUUCGCACCAUUUAAAAAAAUUUUCCUGCAGAAGUGUAAACACUGUAUUUUCAUUUUAAUUUAUGCUUGAAGUUUAUUUAGUUCACGAAAUACAUCCGCUCCUUCCUCUGGACUCCGUAUGUAAUGAUCGGUUGUAUGUAAUGUAUUUAUGUGUUAAUUUGUCGUGUAUAUAGAUACACAGGGUCUCCUCAGACCUGGCCUCAUUAGUAGAUCCGCGUAGUUAAAGGAUGGAAGGCGAAGAUACUAAUCAGUUCCUAGAAAUACCUCAUUCGCCUGCAGGAAGAGAAGGGAAGCCUCUUUGGGGUGAGUGAAUGGCUAAGCACCUUCCCAAUGGCUCCUCCUUUCUCUGCAGACUCAGAAACUUGGAAAGCAGGGGACAGAGUGAAGGAGGCUGGGCCUAUGGAUUGGAGGAGCCACAGCCACUGGCUGCUCUCUGUAGAGACUUUCCUGAGAAAAUAUGGCGUGGGAUGUUAACCAAAGGAAACGGGAAUCAUUUCAGACUCAUUGCUUAGAAAUCUUCAUUCUUAAUACAGUCUGUAGCAUUUUAAAGCUCUUUAACAAGAUAGAGGAAGACACCAAAAAAACCGUUUUAAAAAAUCGUGUCUGACUGUUGAUAGCAAACCAAAACAAUGAAACAAUCAAAGGAACGAAACCUCAGGGACAGCAAUUUUGGGGAUAAGUGUCCUCCUAGCAAACUUGGUUUUGUAAAUGUUUUGCAAGAAGCUUGUGGAAGGCUUCUCGAGGCUGAGCUGUUUUUAGACACAGUGUUUAUUUCAAACUGCUGGGGGCAGGGGCCAAUGGGAGAAGUUGGGGAAGGAGUGGCAUAAAACCUUCCAUAUCCUACUUUUCAGGAGUGCAGUUAAUUCUGAACUAUUAAGCCCACUUCUGCCCUAAAGUAUGACACCCACACACAUUAAACCUGAAUACUAAGUUUUAAAGAAGGAAUGGCCUUGUAACACUAUUGAGUAGGAUACAAGGAUCAAAACAGAAAGAUGGAAAGAAAUGAAUCAAUAGCACCCAAUCAAACUUGUACUGAGAACAAUGUCUAGAUUUGUGUAUAACUAAAGGAUGUCCAUGAAAUAGUGAUGAAUUUUAACUUUGAAACUUGACAGUUAGGUUCCAUCUAUGAAAUUGCACAUUUUUUAAAAGGGUAAUACUGUGUGUGUGGCUAUGAAAGAGAUGUGUUGGUUUCCAAAAAGGAACACUGGUAAGUGCAUUUUGAACAUUCAUGUUCCCACAAUUAGGUGACAGUUCCUUGCUGAUGCUGCUUUGCCUGAUGUAAAUACAAUGAAUCUCCAUCUAGGACUGGGGUGUGCUGAAUGGCGGAUCAUCUUAAAUCCUCAAACACUCAGUCUGUGAAGAUGUCGUUAUGUACAAUAGAGAACUAGUUGAAUUAACUAUGUGAUGUUAACUAUUAUUAAUAAAUUUUAACAUUUUCCAAAAUA